AUGAUGCGAAAAUUUGGGCUUUUCAAGCCUUCAGGGAUUCUUUCACGCAUUACACCAAUUCGACGUCCAUUGAGUGCAAGAAGUUUCCGAACUAGAGUUCUUACAAACUACAGUCAUGAUUCCUCACAAGAGCUUAAUAUUGAGCCGCCUCCACCUCCUCAACCAACCCCUCCAGUUCAAUCCAAUGUGGCUGCACUGACUAUAUUUACCGUGGUCGCCGUCAGUACCAUAUACACCACCUCGGCCAUAUACGAGAAUCUGAAUCUCCAAAAAGAGACACCCAAAAUCAUGGAUCUGUUGAUCCGAAACGAGGGAAACACAUACGAUGUAAGACGCAAAAUGCACGAGAUGAAUUAUCCUCCAGGAAUACUAUAUGCUCCGACCCCAUGGCCACCCAUCCACCAACUUUCCAGUCCACAGGGACGCGAAAAAUUCUGGAAUCGAUUAAUGCCCUCGGAAAAAUUCACAUACACCAUCAUGGCGACGAAUAUAGGAAUCCAUGCUCUGGGUAGUCUAGCUCCAGGAUUAUGGUCCAACAUCUUCAUGCAUACACCCGGCAUGAAUAGAAACUUCACCUUGCUCACCUGUGUGUUUGGUCAUGGGGGACUUGCGCAUUUGGGUAUGAAUAUGUAUGGAUUCCAUUCUUUCAUGCCGGCCUUGGGACAAGAUCCCUCUUUCAAAUCGAGUAUUCCUCACAUGACGGCUUUCUAUCUCUCAACGGGUGUUGUGGGUAGUUGGGCACAAGCUUUAAGUGCAGGACUUCGACCGAAUGUCGCGCCGGUACCGUUUUUGGGAGCGAGCGGUGCGAUAUUUGCUUUGAUUGGUGCUUUUGCUAUGCAACACCCAGAAGCUCAGUUUCAAAUUCUGUUUAUCCCGUAUCCGUUUGCGGCGCAGGAGUUGUUGGGUGCAGUUAUGUUGUUUGAUUUACUGGGUGUUUGUGGUGCUUAUAAAACUCUUAGAUUGGGACACGCGGCGCAUUUGAGUGGUGCUUUGAUGGGUUUGGGAUAUGUCUAUUUUGAUUGCGAGAGGAAUAUUUGGAGACCUCUUUGUAGAGGUGUUUAUAAAUGGUUUGGAAUGAGAAAGUGGGAGAAGAGGGUUUAG